AUGAGCCUAGAGGGAGAAGGUGCGCCGCUGAAACAAUCGACCUUGCUUAACCGCCCCGAUCUACGUCACGUUGGAUCAAAUAUGAGCGUCCACUCGGAUUUGUAUGUCACGGUUCAAGUAUGGAGUGGCUCGAAGGCUCUUACAGUUCCGGUACAAACAGCGUAUAAACCUUUCCGUGCAGAGAGAAAGUGGAAUGAAUGGCUGCGGCUCCCCAUUUCUUAUACAUCACUCCCAGUAGAUUCGUCUAUCGCCAUCACCAUCUGGGAUCUCUCCCCAAACAGCGGUAAAAACUCUCAGGGACAUGCUAUUCCUUUCGGUGGAACGACUCUGUCCAUGUUCGAUGACGAGAAUCAGAUUCGGAAGGGGCGCCAAAAGUGCCUCGUACAUCGACAUAAAAUUGCAGAUGGAACUAUGGAGAUGUUGACUCCAGCCAUAUUCACAUCUAAGAAGAAAGCCAUGACCGGGGAAGUUGGCGUGCAGGCUGCUCGAGAUGCCGAAGAAUUGGAGCGAAUGGAGACCCUUUUUAAGAAACAUGAAAUGGGCGACAUCCCUAGGAUUGACUGGCUCGAUCAACUGGUAUUUCGAGAUUUUGAGACUCGCGGUCUCAAAGCGGCAGAAUCGUCGCUGAAGAUGCUGCAGCGGCGGAGACGACUCGACAACACCAAAGGUGAAACCACAGACCACCCGCCAGAACAAACAAACGACUGCUUCAGCCCCCCAGCGUUUGUUUUGAACGUGGAGCUCCCAAAAUUUGAUUUUCCAGUCGUUUUUGCGGACCACGAAUAUGAAGUCCCCCCUGUAUCUGCUCUGGCAAAUGGACAGACUCACCAACCAGCGCAGCACCGCCAUCAAGCCCCCGAGGUCCAAUUCGGGCCUGGAAUCAAUGCUGUUGACGACUGUAUGUCGGCAAUAGGUGCAAAAAUUGCCCAGGUAUAUGACCCGGAAGUUGGCCAGAGGGAUAACCCCGCAGAGACGAAACACAGACGGCUGUUCAGAAGCUCUCAUCGCCAUGGGAUUUUGGACAAGGAUCUGAAACCUAAUGCAAAAGUUCGAGAUGAACUCAACACCAUCAUGAACUAUUCACCAACCCACACUUUAUCCCCAGAAGAGAUGGACCUCGUUUGGAAAUUCAGAUACCAUCUUACGAGGGACAAGAGAGCUCUUACCAAAUUCGCCAAGUCAGUCAACUGGAACGACCAAAGUGAAUCAAAGCAGGCUAUCCAAGUUCUUGGUCGGUGGACCGAAAUCGACGUUGACGAUGCUCUUGAACUACUCGGGUCAUCAUUUAGCAACCCCGCCGUGCGUUCAUAUGCGGUGGAUCGUUUGCGCAAGGCUGACGAUCACGAGCUGUUACUAUAUCUGCUGCAGCUUGUACAAGCUCUGAAAUAUGAACAUAUCUCCAUAGAGUCUACAGAGGGUGCUCUCGAUGAUUCCUCACUAGCACGCUUCUUGAUCCAACGGGCAGCCUCCAAUUUUCUUCUAGGCAACUACUUCUACUGGUAUCUCAUGGUAGAAUGCGACGACAAUAGCCCGGAGCAGGGAACACACAGCCGCGAUAUAUACGGGAAAGUCGCAUAUGACUUCAUGCGAAGUUUGAUCGACCAGCCAAACGGUGACGAGGAGAGGAAGACGCUACUUCGACAAGCGGAGCUAAUCGCUGUGUUGUCGAAGAUCGCAAUCGAUGUCAGGAAAUCGGGUGAAUCAAUGUCCAAGAGGGCUGACAAGGUGAAAAUUCUUUUCGCAGACCCAACCAACGAGCUCCUCAUUAUUGACCCCCCGCUACCGUUACCUUUGGAUCCUUCCAUCAAGAUAACCGGUAUUGUUCCCGACCAAGUCACGGUCUUUAAGUCGUCGUUGAGCCCCAUCAAGUGCACCUUCAGAACUGUUGAUGGCCAGACUUAUCCAAUUAUUUUUAAAGUUGGAGAUGAUCUGCGCCAAGACCAGCUUGUCAUACAAAUAAUCACCUUGAUGGAUCAGUUGCUUCAGAAGGAAAAUUUGGACCUCAAGCUUCUUCCGUACAAGAUUCUGGCCACAAGCACGGCUGCGGGGGCUUCACAGUUUGUGCCAUCACAGAGUUUGUCUAGCAUUGUUGGCAAGUUCAAAAACAACCCAGCUCUGGCGUAUUUGAAGUACCACAACCCAGACAAUACGCAACCAUUAGGCGUCCGCCAGGAGGCCCUGGACACUUAUAUCCGUUCCUGCGCCGGAUAUUGUGUUAUCACCUACAUUCUUGGGGUCGGUGAUCGUCAUUUAGACAACUUGCUGUUGGCGCCUGAUGGACACUUCUUCCAUGCCGAUUUUGGGUACAUACUUGGUCGUGACCCAAAACCAUUUGCCCCUCUGAUGAAACUAUCCAAGGAGAUGGUUGAUUGCAUGGGCGGUGUGCAAUCGGAGCAUUAUAAGCAGUUCCGACAAUACUGCUUCAUGGCAUAUGCUGCUCUGAGAAAGUCCUCCAAUUUGAUCUUGAACCUUUUUAGCUUGAUGAUAGAUGCCAACAUCCCCGACAUCAGGCUUGAGCCGGACAAGGCCGUGUUGAAGGUUCGGGAACGCUUCCACCUAGAGCUCAACGAGGAGGAGGCGAUGGUGUCGCUCGGUAGGAUUAUCGAUGAUGCCCUGGCAUCUUACGCCCCAGUAGUCAUUGACAAGUUGCACGAGUGGGCUCAGGCAUUGAGAAAUUGA